AUGCCGCACCAGAGGCCCAACCUCUCCGUUUCCACCUCCAGAUCCGACCAGUCACCCAUUCCUCCCCCCCCCGUCUCGCCCAUCACCCCGACCCUGCCGACGAGCCGGCUGCCGGAACCCUACGCGGACGCGGUCAGGGUCGACACGGCGGGUGCGGUGCCGCCCGUCGAAGCAACCAACCCCCUACCGCUGUUCCCGCCGCUACAUCCACCACCGCCCAUGCGGCCGACCUUCUCCCGGCCGACCUACUCCCACGCCUCCCACCUACCGCAGGCCGCCAGCAUCCCGCCUCCGCCGCCGGAGCCCAUCGACUUUGACGCCAACCCGGACGUUCUCGCCCUCAAGUCGGCCAUAUCGGUCUUGCAGGUCCAGAGGAAGCGUGCCGCCGCCGACAUCCUGGCUCUGCACAAGGCCAAGGAGGAUGCGCUCGAAGCACCCGACGACUUCGUGAAGGACUUGGCCGCCGGGAAGGUCAGGUCGCGCGGAGACGAGGCGCGACUGGCAGCCGCAUGGGACGACGAGGGCGACGCCGACGCCGACGAGGACGACGAGGGCGGAAAAGCCAACAACCCGAGGCGGAAGGAGUGGACCUCUCUCCCGCAGGCCCAAAAGGUUGUCCGAUGCCCCCCCGUCAACUGGUCGCAGUACGCCGUCGUCGGCGACUCCCUUGACAAGCUUCAUGCCGAGCAAAUCUCCUGCCCAACCCAGGGCACGCCUGCCUCCAUCGGCCGAAAUGCCACGUACGAGUUCAAAGGCGACGGCAAGCAAGAAAAGUACGCCGGCGUCGCGGCCCCGUACGCGCCGGGUGUCGACCGCAUCGCGAAGAAGGUCAAGGGCAAGAGGUAG